UCAGUGCAGACGACGAGUGAAAUUCAAAAGUGCGUGAAAAUGGAAAGUGCCAGCUUUAGGCGAAGGGGGCGGCGAAGAAACAGGAAUGAGCUCCCAGCCUUGGACCGCAUCUACGACGGACAACCUUACGCAUUUGAUGGGAAAGUUGGUCGUGAUGGACGCUCCCUCAUUUGUGCGUAUCGCAACCGCUGGAGGUGUUCGGGACGCGGGGUGUUAUAUGGACAAAUUUUCAGGGAGACCCAUGAACAUAAUCACCCCAGGAAUUUUACUCAGGAAGAGACGGAUAUUUUUCUACAUGAAUUAUGUGUUUGCUGCACCCGGCAGUUCAGAAAUCUGAAUGAUAUUUACGACAGAAUGGAGGAUCUUCAUCCAGAAGCAGCUGCAACCCUGGAUUACGAGGCAGUGAGGGAGCGUAUGAGACGAUGGAGAAAUUCAAUGGAUUUGCCAUCCAUUAACGAAUCAUACGCAACUUUGUAUGAGAAGUUGUCCAAUGAUUAUUCCUCACUGCUUUGGUGUCGAAACGGGCGGUUGGAGGUUGACUUAUACAAUGCGGGGGGACUCGCAGAGGUGUUGACUCUUGUUGAUGACGAUCUUCUCCGCAUUAUUGACCUAGAGACAAUCACAGCUAUCGUAAUUACAUCAACAACGAGUUGGCACACGAGCCUGCUCCCUAUCAAUGACGUUAUCCUAGUUGCGUGUGUCAGUGGCAAACAU